GUGCGCUCUGGACCCGAGCGAGCGCGGCUGCGCGACUGCCCCUGCUCUGCUCUGCCCCGCUCACUGUGCUUCGCUGCGCCGCGCCGGACUUGCCUCUGCGACCGCACGCCGCGGCCGCCGCACGCCGCAACAGAUAACCAAGACUUCUGCUUUCACGCUUCGCUUUGCAAGCGGCCGGCUGAGUCACACACACCAACUCCUUAGGAGUGAUAGCUACCAAAGCACACCACUAACCUUCUACCAGCCACCAUGAUCGACGCGAGGAGCUUGCUGUGGCUGUCGCUGGCGGCGCUGGGGGCGAGCCUGCUGGUGGCGGUGGGCGGCGCCGACUACUCGGACCUGCGCGGGCCCUACUGCGCGAUGCGCGGCACGCGGGGCACCUGCUGCCCCAACCGCCAGGACGACUGCUCCGUGCCCAUCCUGGGCACGCUCUGCUACUGCGACGACUUCUGCAACCGCACCAACUCGGAGGACUGCUGCCCCGACUACUGGUCCUUCUGCAAGGGCAUCAUCCCGCCCCCGGAGCCCGUCCGCGAAUGUUACCAUAACGGCCGGUAUUAUGUGUACGGGGAAACAGUGAAGAUAAACUGCAAUGAAUGUAAGUGCCAGUCGAUGGGCGGCCGACUGGAGCUGCUGUGCGAGCAGUCGCAGUGCCUGGUGGACCCCGAGAUCAUCCAGGGCGUCAACGCCGACACCUACCGGCUGGGCUGGCGCGCCAGCAACCACACGCCCUUCUGGGGACACCGCCUCACAGAGGGCAUCUCGCUGCGACUCGGCACGCUGCAGCCGCAGAGGGCGGUGAUGCGCAUGCGGCCGGUGAAGCGCGUGCUGGACCCGUCGCGGCUGCCGCGCAGCUUCGACGCGCGCUCCAAGUGGCCGGGCAUGCUGAGCAGAGUGCGCGACCAGGGCUGGUGCGGCGCCUCGUGGGCCAUCUCGACGGCGGACGUCGCCUCGGACCGCUUCCACAUCAUGUCCAAGGGCACCGAGCCCGUCACGCUGUCCGCCGGCCACCUGCUCGAGUGCAACAGCCGCGGCCAGCGCGGCUGCCAGGGGGGCAACCUCGACCGCGCCUGGCUCUUCAUGCGCAAGUUCGGUGUGGUGGACGAGCCAUGUUACCCAUACACGGCACAGAGUGGCACCCCUGGUAAGUGCCGUCUGGGUCGCCGUGCAAACUUGCUGACUGCUCGCUGCACACCACCAAGGACUCUGUACGGGCCACCCAGGACUGAGCUGUACCGCACCGGACCAGCCUACCGGCUUGGCUCUGAGGAGGACAUCAUGCACGAGAUUAUGGAGUCUGGACCUGUACAGGCCACUAUGAAAGUGUACCAUGACUUCUUCAUGUACCGUGGUGGAAUCUACCGACACUCAAUGCUUGACACAACUCAGAGAACUGGUUAUCACUCUGUGCGUAUUGUUGGCUGGGGAGAAGCUCAAGGAACCAAGUACUGGAUUGUGGCUAAUUCCUGGGGUGACCAAUGGGGUGAAAAUGGAUAUUUCCGGAUUCGCAGAGGAACAAAUGAGUGUGAAAUUGAAAACUUUGUUGUAGCAGCAUGGGCAGACACACAAACCCCUGUCAUGGACAAUAUGAUGAGCAACCAUGACAAUCGCCUCAGCAAUGUUGUAUACUGAGGCUAAGGAAUGCAACCACUAGAAAGAAACUCAGCAACUCAGUCAGUCAAAGGUUGUUUUCACAUGUUUGUGGGGCUCUUUUUCAGUGGUGAGGCAUGUAAAUUCUUAAUCUGGCAUUCAAAAAACAAUGGCUGCAUAUAAUUGUCUUUCUUGUUGGAUUUCUGUCCUUUUUUCAGUACAUAAAAUCCUGAAACAUGUGACACCAGUUUUUGCACUUUAACUUGAUUGUUUCACCAUGCUGGAGUAAUGGCUGUGCUGAAAUUCAGAAUACUGCUGAACAUUUCUUGAGAGACAUGGUGCCCUUGAAAACUGUUGUUCAUGUACAUGGUACUAAGGAAGAAGAGGUUUGUUAAUGUUGGAUGGACUGCUAAACACUUAUCCUUUCACUGUUCAUCGCAUCAAUUUGUUAUUAUUCCAAAAAAUUAACAGUUGUUCCUGCUUAAAGGAAUUACUGUAUGGCUUCUAGUAUAAAAAGUGUUUUAUCCUUUGUAUUAGGCAUAAAUAAAACACAGAUAUUUAAGUAAAGAGUUCAACAAAUCCAAAACAACAAACUGCACUUUCUAAUAAUAAAGCAAUUAGCAAUCAGUCAAGUAAUUGUGUGGUGUUUCAUGUGUGACUUAGAGAUACUGUACUCACUACAGUAUUGACUUUGCUUUAAGUGGACUGCUUUAUAAAAAUUAUUAGGUUUAAUUUUGAUUAUAAACUGUCAUGAUAUUAAAAAUCAUGAAAGUUUAUGAAUAUAAAUAGUCCAAAGGCAUUCAGUAACAUAAUAAUGGCAACACGUGACAGGGAAGAUGUUGGUUGAUGUACCAUGAAUCUUCUUUGUUGCAUUAAACAAAACUAUAAUCUUUGCAUUCCUUAUGAAAGGUGCAGCAGAAGCUUUUUACAUGGAAACCAAAGUUCUGAGAAGUCAAAUAGAAAAAUAAAUGAAUAUAAUGUUGGUUACUGAAAGAAUUAAAAUAUUUCUGUGAAAUAUAAAUUUCACUUGUAAGAUACAAAUGAAUUGUUCUUUUGACUAAGGCCAUAUUGUAUUAAUUAAUUUAUUGAUGCUAGUGUAAGAUAAAGAGUGUAAUAUUUUAAAUAAUGUCAGGCUUUAUUAUAAUUGAAUUUUGCAUUGUGCCUAACACUUAUACAUUUAGUGUUCGACGGAUUUUAACCCAUAAGAUACUGCCAAAACAAUUCACACAAUGAUUUCAUGACAGAAAGAUGAUAUUUCUGCUUGAAAUUAACUACCACUAUACUUUUGUGCAUGUGUGUAAUUGAAUGACGCAGUCAUGAGGUGGACAAUCUGCUAGACAUGUAAGUGGAAGUGAUGAUAACCAUGUUGUGGUCUAAAUAUGUGAAAUGUGAUUGAAAGAAGUGUUAUUAAGUGAGAGAAAAUUGUAUCUAUAUUGUUCUGUCUGAAUAUGGGUAGUGUAGUAGUGGUUAUCAGAAAUAAUUCAUGAAUUCCAGAAAUUUGCAAAGUAGUGUGAAUAUUUCUUAUUCUUGAUGCAAAUGUAAAGUGAUACCGUCUAUGUACAGUAGGUGCACAAUGUGAGUGAAUGUAUGUUUUUUAUAACAUAACUGUAAAUACUGUUUAACAUUUGAUUAUUUAAGUUCUAUUUACUGUUCACUGCCAAUAUAGUUAUACUAUAAUUAUACACUGAGUCUUACCUUGAAUAAAAUUUUUAUUUCCACA